UAUGGCGUAACACAUAAUGCGUGCGUCUACUGUCAAACUACAACAAUGUGGUUUGCACUUUCGGGAUCUGUUUCGAUUUUUUCGCAAAUGUACACGUUAUUUAACCUAUGUGGACGAACAUCGGUGUGUUUUUAGCUAUGAAAACUCGUCGUUUAUGAAUAUUGAAUGGUUAAAACGGAUAACGCGAGUGAAACUACCGGCAAAUAUAACCUGGUGAAGUGAACCUUAUCGAAAUUUUUAUGCAAGUUUAUAAAAGCAGUAGGAUAAUAUUUAAAAAUAAAUAAAUUUUUAAUAACACCGUUAUAUGACGGAAGAAAUAUAUUAAGUCGAGAGCACUGUUUAAUGAUUGUCUUUUUGUGUUUUUUAAUACCGCAUCAGAACUCUAACCUAAUUAAAAAUAUCGUACAUGUUGAAAUGACUUUUGUCUCAUUUAUUAAACGCAAUAAAUGAAUACUUCUGAAGAAUCACUGAACGAUCAGGAUCCUGAUUACGUCUCCACAACCUCCAAUGACCAAACCCAACAAAAAAUUUACGAAGAAAAUGCAAGAAAUACUACAGCAAGAAAAAUAACGACAAUAGUGGAGAAGGAGUUUUCAGAAGAAAUUGAUUCAAAGGAGAAGGAAAUUUUGCAGAUACAGGAAAGAUUACAAAAAGCUCUAAAAAUUUUUCAUCUCUUGCGCUAUGUCGUGAUUACCAAUUUUUAUAAUCGUAAACAGUGCCAAAAUUUGCAACCAACAGAGACAACAAAACAAACAAGAAUUCAUCCUGCUAUUAAAUCAAUACUUGGAAAAUAUCCCAAAUCUGCUCAAUGGACAGAUGCUGCAGUGCCAUCGACAUCUACAGAUCCUCAAUUUUUAUACAAUGACGAGUCUUUUGCACCAGCUUCAAGAGUUGCAACAGAUAAUGCACCUAAAAGUGAACAAAAUGCAGACAAACUUGAUAUCGCAUCCCAAAAUACGAAGCGAAAACUUCUUAGUGAAGAAUGUCGACCUCGUAAAAUGCCUCGUUACGUGCCGCCGAAGAGCAGCACGCCGGAGAAGACGUCGCCAUCGCGCGGCAACAGUCAUAAAGUGCGCAAACGCAUUAUUAUCGGUAACAUUUCCAAGUGGAUCCCGCCGGAUUGGCGCGAAGACGCCUCCAGUCACAAAUGGACGAUGUACGUUCGCAGCGAUAAGGACGAAAGCGCUGACAUUUGUAACUUUCUCUGUAAGGUGAGAUUCUUUUUGCAUCCCAGUUACCGUCCGAACGAUGUCGUCGAAGUCACAUCGUAUCCGUUUCAUCUAUCCAGGAGAGGAUGGGGUGAGUUUCCCCUUAGAGUACAGUUACAUUUCAAGAAUCCUCGGAAUAAACCCAUGGAUAUAAUUCACCACCUGAAGCUGGAUCGUACUUAUACAGGACUGCAAACGUUGGGCUCGGAGACUCUGGUCGAUGUGUGGAUCCACACAACGGAGUCACGUAUUUUCGAGCAGACCAGCAGUGGCGAAUCUAUCGAGUCUUCCUCUAAUAACUCAGUAAAAGUAGAGUCGAGCAAUGGUGAUAGUUCCGAGAUUAUCUGUAAGCAACUGGUGAAAUCUACAAGAAAGUCGCAUCUUACUGCGAGCGCUAUCGAGGAAAUUCGAGUGAAAAAAGAAAUAAUUGAUUCAGAAGUUCAAGAACGAACGAGUUCAUUGGAUUCAACGUCAAUCGAGAAAUGGGAAGACUUCAGAGUGAAGGCUGAAUCUGAUGAUGCAACUGUGGACAUAUUCAAUGAUGAGAAUGGCCUGGGAGAGACGUAUUAUAGCAUCACGCAUGAUCACGAUUAUUCUAAAAAACGCUACUUUGACUCUCGCCAUUGCACUGUAAAAGAAGGGAACAUAACCAUAGCACACUUUUCCGACAAUGAAGUGGAAAGUACGUCGCAGAUAUUGAACGGUGAUAUUCAGUCUUCCAACAGCUGUCAAUCUUUGGCAGUUUCAAAUUCAGUGACAGAUAAUUUGCAGAUUGCAGUGAAUACUGUAUUGCAAGCAAACGACAGUCAGAAGAGUUUGAAAGAGUCAACUUUGUUUAAUACAAACAAAUCUGUACAAGCAACAAAUUUGGAGAACAGCGAUAUUUUUGAAAUUUCGAAAAAUAAUCCAUCUAAAAACACAUGGAUGAACGGCUUCUGCAAAUCGUCUAAUGCCUCGCUUGAUCGAUUAAAUAAUUUACAGAACUCCACGAAAUCCUGCAAUCUGAAGCCUCUACAAAUUUCUAUACCACCGACGAAUGUAUUCGCAUCGCCGAGCAAUAAACAUGUGCUUCUUUUGAAGAAUAAGAAAUCAAUUCCAGUGGACGUGACGAGCAUCCUUUCAUCGAGCGAGAAUUCAAAGAGGCUGAACAGCGACUUGAAAGCUUCUGUCGUAAGAGACGACGCGAAACAGAACGUUCGUAUUUCUCAGGGUGUUAGUAUUUUGAAGAAACCAUUCAAUAGCAAGGCGCAGCAAGAAGGCAUCAAUAACAAUAGCAAGAAGACCGCUGUACUCAGCCUGAAGAGCACCAACAGUUUUCUGUUGAACGUCAACGAGAACGUACCGAUCCUGAAGAUAGCGGAUUCGCGCGAUCCGCAAUACAAUUACAGCUACGCCGAGGCGACAAGGGACGUUGCGAAGCAGGAGGUCGCGUCGUGCGCGAGGUUGGGAAGCAAAUCGUUGGUCACGCAGCGACCAAAAGUCACGCUGGGCAAGGACAAGUACAAGAUUCACAGCAAAAAGGAACUGUAUGAGACGGUUCUCCAGUCGAUCGACACCGCGAAUAUCGUCGAUACGGAGGCGCUGAUACGAUUCAUUGCUCGUCGAUUGCCGCUCGUCACACAAGAUGCACGUGAUCCCGAGUACAAGCAACUGCAUCUUUAUGCGUGCAGUAGCGAGGAGGAGUACUUCGCGCAGAACGUCGGCAAGCAGCGAGCCAUGGAGUGGUGUCGCGCGAGGAUGAUCAGGUGCUUCCUGCAGAAGAGGCCGAUUUCGGCCGAUCAACUGUGGAGCGUCAAGGAGAUCUUGAUAUGGUUGAGACUGCACGGCUACACGCCGACGCAGAGCGCUUUUGGCGCACUGGAAGCUACGACCAGCGACACGAAGAAGCUACCCGACACCGCGACAUCCACUGCGAUCCUAUCUUCGUGCACGGAACCGGUCGCGUUGCAAAAGUGGUUGCAGACCUCCCGGCAGGACUCUAGUCAUCAGGUGGACAGUGAUAUCGAAGAGAUCGACGUCGAGAACGAGGACUGUGGAGCUACAACUGAUCGGAAAAGAAACAACGACAUCCAGAGUGGCGAUUGUUCAACCACGUUGGUGCCGCUUGAACUUGAUAAGAGCUUGCUGCCACUUCACAAUUUUGUAUGCAACACCGCGCGAGAUAUCGGUGUCAGAAUUGGGCCGGAGGAGAUUGUUCCUGGUGUUAUGUAUUGUGCAACUAGUCGUGUGAUGAUGCGGGUUGUUGAAUGUUUUGUGAAAGACCUGGUUCGAUCGUCGUUGGCAAAGGCUUGGGAAAGAAAUAGCGGAAAUGGAUGCCCCACGGCCAUUACGCUCAAUGACGUCCGCAAGGCUCUCAUGAGUCGAGAGGAAUUCGACAUUUUCACAAACGAAGGUCUAGGCUCGGGAUUACAAUUGAGUUCGACGGAAUUAUCUAAUUUAUGACGUCUUCUAAUACGCGAAUCGGAU